AUGGACAAUGUUGAUAUCUGGCAACUGGAAGUGCUUAAGACGUGUCAUCCUGCACAGCCAGACAAAACAGCUGUAGUAUUCAUCGUUUACUCUUCCGUAAAAAGGAAUCCAAAAUACGUCAAUGAUUCUGGAUGGACAAAAAUAAGGCAGUUGCGAAUCGCUUUUCCGGAUAUGUUGAAAGGAGUGAAAAGAAAUCUAACUAUGCAACCCCCAUGUCAUUUACUGGUGGCGGCCAUUGAUUUCGGCACAACCUAUUCGGGAUACGCCUUCUCAACCAUCGCUGAUUAUGCUAGAGACCCAUUAGUGAUUUCAACACCCAACUGGACAGCAGAGUCAGGGGGUUUGGUAUCAACGAAGACGUCCACUUGUAUUCUCUUUAAACCCAAUGGAAACUUCCACUCUUUUGGAUUCGAAGCUGAAGACAACUAUUCCAAUCUAGCUUUAGACGGAGACGAAAAAGGAUGGUAUUUCUUCAGCCGAUUUAAAAUGAAGAUUGGUGGGAACAAGCAAUUGAAGCGGUCGUUCGAGAUAGAAGAUGAUCAAGGUCGCACCAUGCCUGCAAUAAAGGUGUUUGCGGCAGCCAUCAAGUAUCUGAAGGAUCACCUGAUGACGUCAUUAAACAAUAAGCUGACUGACGUAAAACUAUCAGACAUUUCGUGGGUUCUCACUGUUCCGGCAAUCUGGUCUAACGCUUCCAAACAGUUCAUGCGAGAGGCCGCCAUAGUGGCUGGUAUCAGAGGAGAUCACCUUAAAAUAGCUCUAGAACCAGAGGCAGCAUCCUUAUUCUGCAAACAUCUCCCCAUGGAACGAACAGGAGAGGGUAAAUUGAAGACCUUUACUUCGGGGUUCAAGUAUCUGGUGCUGGACGCAGGAGGUGGGACUAUAGAUAUCGCAGUGCACGAGGUUCAAAGCGAUGGAUCUUUGAACGAAAUCCAUAAGGCAUGUGGCGGAGAUUGGGGAGGGACCAAGGUGGAUUACGCGUUUAAACUUCUUUUAACGGGAAUCAUAGGUAACAAGGCUUUCCACUUUUUUCAGGAAAAGAACAAGGCCGACAUGAUCGCACUCUUCCGGGACUUUGAACUAAAAAAGCGCAAUAUCAAACCAAAUGCUCUGUCCUCUGCAAAAGUCACUUUUAGACUUCCGAAAGCCUUAGAUGAUGCAUGUAAACAUGAGAACAAUGUGGAUAUAGCAGCAAUUGUGGAGUCUAAAUUACGCUUCAGGGAGUACACGUCCAUUAAUGCUGAUAAACUUAGAAUAAGCGGAAAUCGAGCAAAUGAGUUGUUCAAAGAUUCAAUAAAUCAUGUCGUGUCCCAUUUGAAGAAGUUGCUGAAAGAGCCGAAUAUGAGUGAGAUGAAUAGUAUCUUGAUGGUCGGAGGAUACUCAGAGUCGCCUGUACUUCAAAAUGAAAUCAGAACAAAUUUUCCAAAUAUCCGAGUGAUUGUGCCACAGGAAGCAGGACUAGCCGUUCUGAAAGGGGCCGUUAUAUUUGGACAUGAACCGACGAGUAUAAGAGCAAGAGUUUGUCAGUUUACUUAUGGAGUAAAAACUACACUACCAUUCGAUAGUGGGAAGCAUGCCAACUGUAAACGUUUCACCUCUUCUACUGGAGAAAUGAGAUGUCGUGAUAUAUUUGAUAUUCAUGUCAGUUACGGAGAUCGUGUAAAUAUCGGAGAACCACAGGCAGUAAAUAGUUACAGACCUGUUGAACCAGACCAAACGACCCUAUCAUUUGAAGUGUAUAAUUCGAUACAUAAAAACCCAAAGUAUGUAACAGAUGCAGGAUGCACCAAAAUUGGUCACUUAACGAUCACCAUGCCGGACACUUCUAAGGGACUGGACAGGUCUGUAAUGGUACAGAUGACCUUCGGAAACACAGAACUCGAGGUUGAUGCUACUGACAAGUACACCGGGGAGAAAGUUACCGCGGCAUUCGAUUUUUUAUAG